AUGAUGCGGGGCAGCAUUUUGCUGCUCAUGGUGUGCGCGAGCGCUCGACUCCGCGGCACCCUGCCGCAGCGCGUGCCGCACAAGCGCGGCACGCCGGCGCCGAGCCCGCAGCCGACGGCCUACAGCUGGACCGUCAAGGGCGAUUUCGCGACGUCGAGCUGGUUCCUCUCCUUCCCGCAGGAUCGCGGCGCCGGCAGCGCGAUGCGCGUCGUCCAGAACAACACCAAGGGCACGGCGCUCGUCUGCGUGCCCCCCAAGUGCGGCAGCAUGGCCGUGCUCGAGGUGCUGCGCGGGCGGCGGCUGGAGUGGUGGGGCCAGUCGACGAAGCUCCGCUGGGACGGCAUCGAGACGGACCCGACGAGGAUGCCCGACGACACGCACCGCGCCGUCGGUGCGUGGCUCGAGGACGCGGGCCGCGUCCGCGUCGCGAUCCUGCGCCAUCCCGUGGAGCGCAUCCUCUCGUCGCUGCGCGCGUUCGGCAGCCAGGAGUUCUGCCCGAGCUGCCAGACCGGCGCCUUCAAGGCGGCCACGGCGAAGCUGCCGACGAAGUUCCUGCGGCUCCAGGCCAUCUACCUCCAGUACGCGACGCACGACCUCUACGACCAGCAGCGCCUGCCCUGCGACGCGCAGCGCGUCCUCGUGAACCAGCACUUCCGCGCGCUCCGCUGCUUCUGCGCGUUCCAGCUGCCGGGCAUGGCGAACCGGACGCGGCUGCUGAGGUUCGGCGACGCGGCGGACAUCGAGAGCCUCGCGACGAUCGUGCCGGACGCGCGGUCCUGGAACCGGCGGCGCUUCGGCCCCGGCGCGUCGCUCUCGGGCGUCGAGUUCCUGUCGCCGCGGCACCGCGCCUCGAGCCACGUCCACAGCUCGCGCACGACGGACGCCGUCGAGACCUACAGCGCCGAGCUCUUCGCCGCGAUCACGCGCGCCGUCGCCGACGACCUCGCCUUCUUCAACGGCCUCGGCCUCUUCGCGGAGCCGUACCCGCCCCCAUCGCGCCAGUUGGCUUUGUUGAAGUUCAAACACGGGGCAGCGUGCCUCUUAUGGACGAUGCGAGUUGCGCGUCUCCUGCUGGCAACAUGGUGCACCAUCCGUGCGAAGAAGCAGCGGCCGCGCGAUGCCUGCGAGGCGGCGCUCGGCGUGCUGGCCUGGCGCAACCCGGGCAUCAUGGAUGACUGGUUGGGUCGCUCCGGCUACUGCCCAUCCGUCACUCAUGGCGUCUCCGUCGCUGCGCGCGUCGACGAGGCGGCGCCGGAGGCCGCGGACGACUGGGCGCCGUGCGCGACGCCGCCGCGGACCGUGGCGGUCGUCGUCCGCGAGCCCGUCGACCGGUUCCUCGCGGGCGUCGCGCAGGCGACGGCGCCGGGCACGGCGCACGCGCGCGCCUGGGCCGCCUGGCGCGCGAGCCGCGGCCGCGCCGCCUUCGACGCCGGCGACGCCGCGGCGGCCUACGCCCGGGACGUCGCCGCGGGGUUCCGCCACGCGGCGACGCAGCCCGUCGCCGCGCGCGCGAGGCGGGGCGGCUGGCCCCGGGCCGUCGCCGCCGUCGCCCUGCGCCGCGUCGAGGACAAUCGCACGGCGCCGGCGUUCGCGCCGCGGCCGCGACCGAUCUCCCUCGGCUUCUGGGCGCCGUUCUGCGGCGCCUUCGCCGCGGACUACGCGUGCCUCGGCUACGAGACGCCGCGCGAGUGCGCCGGCGGCGUCGUCGACGGCGCCCACGGCCUGCCCGCCGCGGCGAGGGACGCGCCGGCGAGCCGCGCCGAGGCCGAGGCGCUCCUCGAGGCCUACCGGCGCGGCCCCGUGGGCACGUUCGCGCGCGCGACCUACUUCUGCCCGCUCAAGGCGGGCAACGGCGUCUUCGGCUUCCUCAACGCCUUCGCGCUCGCCGUCGUCACGAACCGGACGCUCGUGGCGCGCUUCGCGAGCCCGCCUGACUUCGCGGGCAACAGCGAGGCCGCCUGCGGCGCCGCGCUGCGCCUGCGGCGCUGGGUCGCGCGGGACGACGGCGCCGCGAACUGGUCGACGGUACCGGGCUGGCCCGCGAAGCAGACGGCCGAGGCGCACAUCCUGGCGACGCCGGGCCUCGACGAGCUGCCGGCGACUUUUGUGGACUUUGGCGUCAUGUACGGCCACAACGCGGCGGCCGCGGCCAUGCCCGAGGCCGCGCGGUGCCUGGGGGCCGCCGCGCGGCGCCGCGCGGCGGCGCUGUUCCGCGGCGGCCUCGACCUCGCCUACGGCGUGCUAUUCCACGCGGCCUUCGAGCUGGCCCGGCCCGUCCCCGUCGACGCCGACGCCGGCUUCUCCGUGGCCCUGCACUCGCGGCACCGCGCGCGCGCGGCGGACGACGGCGCCGACGUGUCGCGCGAGGCCGCGUGCCUCGCGCGCGUCGUCGGCGCCGCGCGGCGGCCCUGCGUCGUGCGCAUCAUGUCGGACCGCGCCGCGACGCGCGCGAACGUGUCGGCCUUCGCGCGCGCCCUCGGCUGCGCCGCGAAGACCGCGGCCGUCGGCGCCGCGGCGGACGAGGCGGACUUCGCGGAGCACGGGCCGUCGCGGGCCUUCUUCGCGGACCUCGCCGUCGCGGCGGCGGCGACGGACGGCCUCGUCGCGACCGUGAGCUCGACGGCGUCGAACCUCGUGGCCGCGCUCGUCGCGCACGGCCACAGCCGCCGCGCGCGAGCCGCGCCGCUCGCGCGCUGCCUGCUGACGUACGGCCCCGCGCGGCCCUGGUACCUGCCCUACGCGGGCGACGCGCCGCGGCGGCCGGGCGACGCGCCGACGCGGCCGGGCGACGCGCCGCGGCGACGCCUCGCGGGCGCCGAGCGGUGCGUGACGGUCGUCGCGGCCACACGCAACACCACGCCUCCCGACACAGACGCGGCCGGCUGCGCCGUCGUGCGCGUCGCGCACUUCGACGGCCUGCUCGCGUCCGUGGAUCGCUACGACGGGAAAUACGGGCGAUUCUCCGGCGAGGUGCCGUUCUCCGCCGCGGACUGGGCGGCGGCCCUCGCGCUCGACGGCGACGGGAGCCGCCUCGACGCGUGGGCGCGCCUCGCGCGCGGCGUCGAGCGGUGCGACGCGGACGCGCGCGGCGCCUUCGACGUCGUCGUCUUCGGCGGGUCCGUGACCGGCGGCCGGAGCUGCUGGAACCCGACGUUUCCCUUCGACGAGGGCGCGAACUGCUCCGCGUGGCACCGGUUCGAGGCGUGGCUCCGGUGGCGCUACCCGCGGUGCCCGGGGCUCCGCGUCGUCAACCGCUUCGAGGGCUCGACGACGACGGCCUGGCGCGUCGUCAACUGGGCCGACGUCGCCGACGCCGUCGCGCGCGCGGCCAUGGUCGUCGUCGACUUCAGCGUCAACGACGACGGCGACGGCGCGGUCUACGCCGAGGCGCGCGACGCGACGGAGAGCCUCGCGCGGCUCGUCCUAUCGGAGGGCGCCGUCCUCGUCGUCUUCGUCGCGAUGCGCAAGCUCGCGGACGUCGACGACGGCUACCAGGCCGAGGUCGUCGCGCCGAACGCGCGCUACUACGGCUUCCCCGUCGUCUCGUACCGCGACGCGGUGCGGUCCGUCGCCGCGCGGCGCCGGCGCGGCGACGCCGGCGCCGUCGACCCGGGCCUCCUCUGGCAUCCGACGCGGCACCACCCGAACUGGUGGCCGCACCAGCUCAUGGCCGACGCGAUGGCCUACGCCUGGGAGGCCGCCGCGCGGCGGACCGUCGGGGAGGGAGCUCCGGCGGCGCCGGCGCCGCUGCCGCCGCGGAACUUCACGGCGCGGCUCGGCGCGGCCGUCGCGGCCUGCGGCGGCCGCUACCUGUCCGACUUCGCGGCCGCGGACCUCGCCGCCGCGGGGCCCGCCUGGCGCCUCGUCGCCAACGGGUCCAAGUCGGGCGUCGAGGCCGCCGCGGGCGCCGCGGGGUCGCGGCUCCGCGACGCGGCGCGCCGGCUCUCGCUCGAGGUCCGCCUCGGCCCGCGGCCCGCGCUCCUCGUCACCGCGCUCGCGUCCUACGAGACCUUCGCCGACGGCGUCUUCUGGCUCGACGACGACGUCGCCGCCGCCGAGGCGGCCCUCGCGGCGACGGAGGCCCUCGAGGACUUCUGCGCGCCGAAGCCCUGCGGCCCGCGCGAGGCCUGCGCGGAGAAGCUCCCCGAGUGCGCGGCCUUCGCCGCGGGCCUGAGCCCCGCGCCCCACGUCGUCCGCGGCGCCUGGCGCGACCGGUCCACGAUGCCGCGCACGUCCGUGUUCUUCGAGCGCGCGGAGCUCGCGCCGCCGACGCGGCGCGUCCCCGUGCGGACCUUCGUCCUCCGGCCCGGGUCGCGCUUCGCCGCGCCGGGGACCCACGCGCUCCACGUCGUACCCCGGCCGCCGCGGUCGCCGGCGUCGCCGCCGGCGAAGUUCCGCCUGCUGCGCGACGCGGCGCACCACGCCUACAUGGACAGCGUCAAGACGCGCAUGUUCGUGCUGGGCCUGAGCUCCGGCUCGACGCUGACGCUGUUCUGCGUGUCGAUCCUGGUCAUGAUGUUCAGCUACGACCCGGCGAGCGGCGGCAUCCACGAGAUCUGCGGCUGGCCCUACCCGCUCUUCCGGUCGUCGUUCCUGCUCUGCCUCUGCGGGCUGCUCUACGGCGGCACGCUGUUCGCGUGGCGGCGGUGCAAGGUCGACUACCGGAGCGCGCUCGACGUGUCCCCGUUCGUGACCUACGACACGGUCCUGGCCUACGCCUACGCGUGCUUCAUCGCCGUCUUCUCGGCGUUCCUGGUCUACGCGCUCCUGCUCAUGGCGCCCGGCGCGCUCGGCGCGGACGUCUCGGCGUUCCGCGACGCGCUGCCGGCGCUGGCGUUCCUCGCGCCGGCGCUCUUCCUCGCCUGGCCCGCGGACCGCGCGCCGCUGAGCCUCGCGGCGUCGCCCGGCGCCGUGGCCGCGCGCCGGGGCCUCGUCUUCGACCUGCUCCUGCCCGUGCUCGCGGGGCCGUUCCGCCGCGCGACGUUCGCGCGGACCUUCGUCGCCGACGUGCUCUGCUCCAUGCCCAAGAUCUUCGCGGACAUGCAGUACGCGACCUGCGCGCUCGGCGCGUGGCUCGUGGACCCGGCCGGCGACACGCUGCGCGCCGCGCCGGCGACGUGCGGGCCCGGCCUCGCCUACGCGCGCGUCGCCGUGUUGUUGCAGGUCGGGCCCUUUCUGAUUCGCCUGGGCCAGAGCGCGCGCGCCUUCCGCGACGACCCGGCGGGCCGGCGGAAGAACGCCGCGAACGCGGCCAAGUACCUCCUCGCCGUCGCGCUCGUCGCCGCGUCCGUGCUGAAGAAGGGGAGCCCCGGCGACGCGUUCUACGCGCGGGCCUGGCUCGCGCUCGCGCUGGCGUCGACGCUCUGCAACUUCCUCUGGGACGUCUUCAUGGACUGGGGCCUCGGCCGCGGCCGACCGAAGAAGUUCCCGGCGCCGUUCUACGCCGUCGCCGUGGGCACGAACUUCGCCGCGCGCCUCGGCUGGGCCGUCUACGUGUCGCCGGACCAGACCCUCGUGGCCCAGCACGUGAUCCUGCUCCUCGGCGUCGUCGAGGUCGCGCGCCGCUUCCAGUGGGCGCUCAUCCGCGUCGAGCACGAGCACGUCAAGCUCCACCCGGGCGAGGACGACGCCGGCCUCCGGUUUUCCCAGCACACGCCCUAG